AUGGAUCCAUCAGUGCAAAAUGCGGUCCAGGCAAAGAUAGCAGCAGACGCAGCCGCGGCCGAAGCCGCACCCGCGUAUGACGGCGCCGCACCCAACGCCGCUGCACCCAACGCCGCCGCCGCAGACGCUGCCGCCGCUGUAAACGCUGCCGCAGCCGCUGUCGCAGCCGCCGACGCAGCCGCAGCUGCAGCCGCUCCCCCGGCAGCCGUGCACAACGGCGGCGACGCCCCCCCGGCAAACAACGGACCAGAGGAGGGUGCCGGCGCGAACCCACUCGGCGGUAUCCAGGCCAUGCUCACCCAGUUCAUGAACGCUCACCAAGCUCAAAUGGCGGCCUUACACCAACAGGUGGCGCAGCAGGGACAGAUCCUGCAGCAGCAGCAGCAGCAGCAGCAGCAGCAGCAGCUGCAGCAGCAGCCACAACAGCAGCAGCAGCCACAGCAGCAGCAGCAACAACCCGCCGGCGGCUUUCUUCCUCCCGUCAACGCACCGGUGGUGGCCGCUAGCGCCGCGCCGCCCGCCCCGGCGACCGCGGGGUCGAAGAUGACGGAGAAGAUGAGGGCUGAGGACUGGAAAGCGACGGGCCCCCUGUGGCUCCUCGCGCGGGGCGGAUUCGACACUCGCGCCCCGGUCGACGUGCCCUUCGUUAAAAUGGUCGCCGGCGAAUACUCACACAUCACAGAGCAGGGAGGGAAACAGAUGUGUAGCCUGACGGACAUAAAAAUCGAGCACUGUUUCCCGCCCAAGUCCGCCAACGCCGCCCUCGCUGCCAUGCCCGUAACGGUCCACUUCGACACCUUCAUCACCGUGCUGUUCAAAACGAUCGAGUACGGCAUGGACACGGCCGAGGAGAAUGCCAAGCUUCGCGUCGCGGCCUGGAGGGCGGAGUUCGCAUCGAUUACAAGGAAGCUGGCUACGUACCUCACCCUCCACUACACAGGCCUGCAGCCCCAUGAAAACCGGGUCCGCAACGUCCUCCUGGAUGCCAUCAACCGCGGCUUGGAAGACGGUUUCCGCAUUUUACACAAGAUGGCAUACGACCUACGCUGGACGCACCAGGACGGCCCCCCCACCGCGGACGCCACGGAUGCCGUCCCAUUUCCGCGAUUCAAGCUCCUGAAGACCUUGCUCGAGGAAGAUCACACCCAGAGUCUCGCGGAAAAGGCAGCCCAAUGGCCUCUCCCCACCGUGGCCGCCGCCCUCGCCCCCGCCACGAGUGCAAAGCGGAAGAGCGGAACGGCCGGGGCCAAGACAGCGACAACCAAGCGGCAGCGGACCACGACCACGACCCCGACGUGCCCCCCCGGUUUUUGCAAGGGAUGGUGGUUCAGCCGCCAGUGCCGUAUCCCAGACUGCCAACUCCACCACGUACACGCCGGUCCCGCCUCCGCCACCUCCGCCGCUUCCCCACCCCCGCAGGUCCCGCCACCCCCGCAGGCCCCGCCGCAGCAGGCGGCGGCGCCGCAGCCGCUACCAUCGCAGCAGCAGCAGCAGCAGCAGCUCCGCCAGCCCAGCGUGGGCAACUUCAGCAUGACGGUCCACGGCGGCAGGGGCGGUGGAGGAGGGAACCAGGGGCGCGGCGCCGGAGGGAGGGGCGGCGGGGGGAGGGGAGGUGCGGGAGGGGAGUCAGGACGCGCUGGUACCUGGUUCGCCGACGUCGCCAGGUCCGUGGGGCCUCGGGACGCGCCCACGCCGGGGUCGGUUUCGCCGGCCCUGUUUCACGGGAGACUUUCGUCUCUCCCACAACGCGUAGAAGGCGGCGUUUCGGACACGGGGCUCGCCUCGCCUCUCACACGCCCCCCGGGGUAUUCCGUGUCAGACGCGCGGCAGCCAACGUCUCCAACGCCGCUCGCAGCCUUGAAGGAGUCAGCGGCGACCCAUCGCCCGUCUCGCACACAGCCCCACGAGGCACGUGUACCAGACGAGGCACGAUCGACGCUUCUCACUUCGGUCACCGCGCCUGGCGCGUCAGACACGACCUGUCCUCGAAGUCCCACCCUGCCAGCAAAGGUCCAAGGGUCGGCACUACGACGACAACCGUCUCUCACGCACCACGCACACGUCACCCCUACACAGCAGCUCCAGCGCAAUACACAACUCACGUUGAGCAAUAGCGCUCGCGCAGCAAGGUUGUCCCCACACUCCAGGGCCAGAACCCUCGAAAUGUCGGCACAACCACCGUUUCCUACACGAAUUGACGAGAUGCCGCCACGAACACGCGAAGCAGACCAACGAGUAUCACCUCUUACCACAAAGAUAGACACGUCAUGUCACCUGUCUCCCACACAAGCCGCAGACGUAGCUGUGUCGGACACAGGGAGACUUUCGUCUCUCCCACAACGCGUAGAAGGCGGCGUUUCGGACACGGGGCUCGCCUCGCCUCUCACACGCCCCCCGGGGUAUUCCGUGUCAGACGCGCGGCAGCCAACGUCUCCAACGCCGCUCGCAGCCUUGAAGGAGUCAGCGGCGACCCAUCGCCCGUCUCGCACACAGCCCCACGAGGCACGUGUACCAGACGAGGCACGAUCGACGCUUCUCACUUCGGUCACCGCGCCUGGCGCGUCAGACACGACCUGUCCUCGAAGUCCCACCCUGCCAGCAAAGAUCGAAGAACUGAUGACAAUCGUUACUGGAGGGGUACCAGUGAGUGCCCCCCCGUCUAAAGCGGACCUUGCAAGCGCACUGAACUACGGAAACCACCGGUCGGCUGACGAGCACCUACCACUCAUUUGGAAGAAACUCGCAGAGGAUGUACGAAGAGAGAGAUGUCUCGUUAUUCAAAAAUCGGCGGCGUAUGAAAUCCCAAACCUCCGCGUGUCGCCGCUGGGAGCGGUCGUUACCCACAAGGUUAGGAUAAUCAACGACUUGUCUUUCGACGCUGACAACAAAGGAGUAAAAGGAGGUCUCAACGCUGACACAGACGUCGACAGUGUACCCCCUAGCCUCUGCGCCGAAGCUCUGCCAAAAUUCCUGUCGGAGCUAGUUAGCCUUCGAGCCAAAAACCCGAAGCUCCGCAUCCUCAUGUCAACGACGGACGUCAACGACGCCUAUCGCAACGUUCGAGUAGAACCUGAGCAAGCGCACAACUUCAGCUACGUAGUCGACGACCUCGUCGUCAUCGAUUUCCGCCUGACUUUCGGUUGGACCGGCUCGCCGGGACAUUUCGGAGUUAUGGCGUCCGCGGCUGAACACUCGCACUGUAAUACCAAUCUCGACAGCGUGCAGUUGCUGCCCGAAGGAGUAAACAUGAUGAAGCAUGUAAAAAUCGUUGAACCGUGGGAGGAAGGCGACCCUACGCCCGUGCCGGACGACGCCACAGUUCACGCCACAAAAGGAGGCGAUCGGUCGAGCAAUUUUAUGUCAGUCGUUUACGUAGAUGAUCACGGCCUCCUGAGAACCCAGCAAUCGCCCGACGACUUGUCAGCGCUGACCGUGUCCGCGUCUUUAGCAUCAGACUACGUUCGCUUGUUCGGCCCGGGAGAACCGGGGGAGACUCCUAUACUCGCGCCGAAGAAGAGUUCGAAUUGGGACACGCAGCUUGAAUACUUAGGUUUCGUCAUCGACUCGCACAAGCUAAAAAUCUCUUUGACGACAAAGAAAGCAGAGGCGUUAAAAACAGCCUUAGAAAUCGACUGGCCGCGCCACAAGCGUGAAGCGACAGCGCAAGAAGUGUUUAGCAUAGCCGGGAAGCUGUGGAACCUCACGUACGUGGUUCGGGCCGGAAAGUACUUCGUCUGGAGGUUGUUGAGACUCACAGGACUCCACAGGAAACACACGAGAAACUGUAGCCACGUUGUAGAACUAGGGAGAGAGUUCCACGACGACCUAGAUUUUUUCAGGUGGGCAAUCGAACACGAAUUGCUCACAGCUGGAGAGUCGCUGAACGCCCCGUGCUACGGUGUCGUAAAACGCCAGCCAAAACGACUUUAUCUAUCAGACGCUAGUUUCGACGCCAUUGGCGGCUUCUGUCCAGAAAAAAGGGUGUUUUGGCGAUACGACUUGCCCUUGGACUUCGCAACCGAAUUGAAACAAAAGGCCGCGCGUCGGGAGACCUGUAGCGUCACGAUCAAUCUACUCGAACUCGUGGGCAUGGUAAUGACCGCCUGGGUAAUGCACAGCCUCGUAGGGGAUCGCCCAAAAAACAACAACGACCCUGUCUUGAUGCGAGGUGACAACAUGGCGGCCGUCACAUGGUCAAACCGGUGCGGCGGGGCCAGAGACAAACGCGCGUGUUUGAUGAUGAGAAUGCUAGGACGACUCGAGAUUUCGGGAGAAUGGAGUUACGAGGCAAAACACAUCCCGGGCGUAAAAAACACGCUCGCGGACGGGAUUUCUCGAUGGCCAAGGUCGGAACUAGCCGAUAGGGUCCAAAGAUUCACCAACACAAACGAUUGGCGCGAAAUACCACUCGGUUCACGCGGAGAAAAAGUGUGUUCCUUCGUGCUGCAGAAAAAGAACCUACAACCCCGUCACGAUCGAACGUUAUGGAAUCUCAUGAUGACACCUCACUAAAAUUCAUCGACAAAACACCCCCGUGACCUCCAACGUUAUCCUCGAACCCUCCGCUUACGGACGCUUCAGGAACAGGGCGGGAAGG